ACCAGGAUGCACUUCCGGUGGGACUGGCUGUGCCUGGGUGUCCUGAUAAUUAGCUCAGUGACCGCAGAAAUUGAAAACGAAGAAACUCUUGAUGCAGAUGUUGAAGUGGAGGAUUUUGACAAGCAGCCUCAAGAAGCUGAUGUUGACAGAGAUAAAUCUUCCUUAGAGGUUGUGUACCAGACUCCGAAGCCAUCUGGAGAAGUAUAUUUUACAGAAACCUUUGAUGGAGUAUUGGCUGGGUGGGUGUUGUCUAAAACCAAGAAAGAAGACACGGAUGACAAUAUUGCUAAAUAUGAUGGAAGAUGGGAAGUAGAAGAGCUGAAAGAAAAUACAGUGCCUGGAGACAGAGGAUUAGUGUUAAAAUCGGUGGCAAAGCAUCAUGCAAUAUCAGCUAUGCUAACAAAGGCAUUUAUUUUCGAUAAUAAGCCUUUGAUUGUUCAAUAUGAAGUGAAUUUUCAAGAAGGCAUUGACUGUGGUGGUGCAUAUAUUAAACUUCUCUCCAGUAGCGAUGACUUGAAUCUGGAAUACUUUUUUGACAAAACACCUUAUACUAUUAUGUUUGGACCAGAUAAAUGUGGAGAAGAUUACAAACUACACUUUAUCUUCAGACAUAAGAAUCCUAAAACUGGAGAAUAUGAUGAAAAACAUGCAAAACGUCCUGAUGUAGACCUAAAAAAAUUCUAUUUGGACAAGAAGACGCAUCUAUAUACUCUUGUGCUAAAACCAGAUGAUACAUUUGAAAUGUUAAUCGACCAAUCAGUUGUCAGUAAAGGAAGUCUUCUUGAGGAUAUGGUUCCUCCAGUAAACCCUCCCAAAGAAAUAGAGGAUCCUAGUGAUAAGAAGCCUGAUGGUUGGGAUGAGAGACCAAAAAUACCUGAUCCAAAUGCUGUCAAACCAGAUGACUGGGAUGAAGAUGAGCCUUCCAAAAUAGAAGAUCCUGAUGCUGUUAAGCCUGAAGGAUGGCUUGAUGAUGAACCACAGUAUGUUCCAGACCCUACUGCAAAAAAACCAAAGGACUGGGAUGAAGAAAUGGAUGGGGAGUGGGAAGCCCCUCAGAUCCCUAAUCCAAAGUGUGAAACUGCACCUGGUUGUGGACACUGGGUGCGUCCAAUGAAGAAUAACCCAAACUAUAAAGGAAAAUGGAAAGCACCUAUGAUAGAUAAUCCUAACUAUCAGGGAAUCUGGAGCCCUCGGAAAAUACUGAACCCAGACUAUUUUGAAGAUCUUCACCCGUUCAAGAUGACCACUGUCAAUGCUAUUGGUUUAGAACUCUGGUCUAUGACAUCUGAUAUCUACUUUGAUAACUUCAUUAUAUGUUCAGAAAAAGAAGUAGCAGAUCGUUGGGCAGCAGAUGGCUGGGGCUUGAAGAAAUUAGUAGCAAGUGCUAAUGAGCCCGGUAUGUUUAGUCAACUGGUGACUGCUGCGGAAGACCACCCAUGGCUCUGGGUUCUCUACAUCUUGACUUUAGCUCUCCCUGUUGGUCUAGGUGUGUUGUUCUGCUGGCCAGCAAAGAAAACAGAUGAAGAUAUUGACUUCAAAAAACCUGAUAUAUCUAAGCCAAUUACAAAGGGAGAACUAAAACCAGAGAGAGAGGAGUUAGAAGAUGAUGAAAUAGAAUUAGAAGAAGAAAAAGAAAACGAAGAGAGAAGAGAAAUGGAGGAGACAAAAAGAGAGCUUAUAAAGGAUACAAAGAAGAUGGGAAGGGAGGCUCCUCCUUCAGAAGAUGAGGGUGAAGGUGGUGAAGAUGAUGAUGAUGAUGAAGAAAAUGAAGUUGCAGAUGGAAGUCAAGAAGAAGGUGAUAAGUCAAACAAAUCUGGUUCAGAAGAUGAGAUGAAAGAAGCUGAUGAAGGCACCGGUUCUGGAGAUGGUCGACUGAAAUCAGUGCGCAAAAGAAGAGUACGAAAGGACUGAGUUACUUCCAGCUAGUAUUUGUAGGUCUAGAUAAUAGUAACUUCUGGUAUGCCACUUCAGUGGGCCUGACAGCAUGCAAGUUCCUGAGAUUUGAAGGAAAAAGGCGAACUCAUUGCUACUUAAGCUCCUAUUUUAAGUCUCUAACCUCUUUUAACCUUCCCAAACUUCCUUGAUUCCCCUUUUUUUAAGGAGAAAUACUAUUUGUGAGGAGUUAGCUGAUGUUUCGAAUUCAGAAUAAAAGUGGAAUUACAAGUUGGCCAACUGAUUUUAAGGUGAAGAUUCUUAAGAUUUGAAGACUCCUAGAAAUUAGUAUUAGUUGGAGAUAAACUUACUCUAAAUAUUUUUUAGAAACAUAAUAAAUUAUAAUAUUUUUGCAGCUCUAGCACAAAAUAACUGUUUACACUUUUCGGCUAAAAGAGGAUGGUAGUAUAGACAUAGCAUCUCUGGCAGUUCACAUUGCUAUGAGAAAAGGUAUUUUUUUCUGUGCAGAGCUAAAUGCAAUAAUUGUUUUUGUAUGAUGAUUUAGUGCUAGCAACAAUUUUUAUUGUAAAUUAUUUUAGUUGAUCUUGUUACAUGGGU